AUGAAGUCUUACGCAAAUGUUGCUGCCAUUAGUGGAGCGAGUCCAAUUAGCAGCACGGGUUCACCAAUCGCUACGGUUACGAUCGCUGGCAUUUCGUGGGAUCUCUUCAAGGGCCCGAAUGGAUCCACUACUGUUUUCAGCUUCGUCGCUCACGGCGAGCAGACUUCGUUCAAUGCCGACAUUCUCGACUUCUUCGAAUAUUUGAUUCAUAACCAGGGUUUGCCCUCUUCCCAGUAUGUGAGCGGAAUUGCCGCUGGAACCGAGCCGUUCAGCGGAUCCAACGCUCAGUUGACAACUGGCGAGUAUGUCAUUACCAUCGCGUGA